CAUCUGUUAUGUGUUUUUGAUUUGUUUUUCGAGCUUCAUCUCAUUUCUCACCCCCUUCUCUCUUUCGAUCGUCGUGGUCCGUCGAGCCUAGAGCUUAGGGUUUGUGCUUUAUUCCAGGAAUAGGUGGUCUCACUCCAUUGAGAUCUAAGGAUAGGUUUCCCCCUCUCGCUGCUUGCGCUCUCCUGAUCCCCGUUCGCCCUCCGGUAUCGUUCUGGGAAGCCCUAAUCCCAUCUUCCUGUGCUCUUGAAGUAUUGCGGUGAAGGCUGCCCUUGUAGGAAUUUCCCAGACUGCGCCGUAAAGUCUCACCUAUUCCUCCAGCUCCGUAGCGAAAUGGGCGGACGAGCGGUCGUCUCCGAUGAGGAAGAUGAGAUCGAAGAGGAUGCGGAAGAACGUGCCAUGGAGCAGGAUGCUGAUGAUGUUGGCGAUAGGGGCAAUGACGACGAGGAGGAAGACGAGGAAGCAGAAGAGGGCCAAGAUGAGUACGAGCAGGAUGGAUUUAUAGUGGACGAUGUAGAAGAGGAGGAGGAGGAGGAAAAGCAGAACAGUGAUGAGGAGAGACAUAGAAGAAAGAAGAAGAAGAGAAGAGAUUCAGAGAAGAACUACGUUCUUGAUGAGGAUGAUUAUGAGUUGCUCCAGGACAACAACAUAACUGGCUUUCAUCGACCACAACCAGGUAGCAAAUUCAAGCGCUUGAAGAAGGCUGGAAGGGACAAUGAAAUGGAUGAACAAUCUGGGUUUUCAGAUGAUGAAGAAUUAGAUAGGAACAGUCAUGGUGGCCGAACAGCUGAAGAAAAACUUAAGCGUAGCCUGUUUGGAGAUGAUGAAGUGGUACCACUAGAAGAUAUUGCCGAGGAAGAGGAGCAGCAAGAAGAAGAAGAAGAAGAUGCAGACAUUAUGGGUGAAGAAGAUGAAAUGGCAGAUUUUAUUGUGGAUGAAGAAGAUGUUGAUGAGACUGGUGCUGUUGUAAGAAAGAAAAAGCUGAAGAAAAAGAAGUCGCGACAAGCUCCAGGAGUUUCAUCAUCUGCUUUGCAAGAAGCCCAUGAGAUAUUUGGUGAUGUUGAUGAGCUUCUAAUGCUCCGAAAGCAAGGACUUGCAGCUGUUUCUGGUGAUGGCACCUGGAGUGAAAAGAGACUGGAGGAUGAGUUUGAACCUUUUAUUCUUUCAGAGAAGUACAUGACCACAAAGGAUGAAAUUAUCCGAGAAACAGAUGUACCUGAGAGAAUUCAGCUGUCUGAGGACAUAACUGGACCACCUCCAACAGAUGAUAAGAGUAUAGAAGAGGAGAGCACCUGGAUAAACAGCCAGCUUAAUAGUGGUGGCAUCUCUCCUUUAGUUGGUUAUGAUCAAGUUGUCAAAGAGAUAAAUAAGGAGGAAAUUGGAAAUGUCUUGACAAUGACGCAUGUGCAGAAGCUUGAUAUUCCUUUCAUUAGCAUGUACCGCAAAGAGUUAUGUCUUAGUCUUUUGAAGGAUCCUGAUGCCGAAACGCCAGAUAAUGAAGAAACCCCAAAGAUGAAGUGGCAUAAGGUACUCUGGGCUGUUCAGACAUUGGACAGAAAAUGGUUGUUGCUUCAGAAGAGGAAGAGUGCUCUUCAUUCCUACUACAACAAGCGCUUUCAAGAGGAAGCACGAAGAAUUGAUAAUGAAACCAGACUUGCAUUAAAUCAACAACUUUUCAAAUCAGUCAUUGAGGCCCUAAGGGAUGCAAAAUCUGAAAGAGAGGUCGAUGAUAUUGAUGCCAAGUUCAAUCUGCAUUUUCCUCCUGGUGAAGUUGAUAUAGAGGAUGGUCAAUUCAAGAGACCAAAGCGGAAAUCAUUGUACAGUAUUUGCCACAAAGCUGGUCUGUGGGAGGUUGCUAACAAGUUUGGUGCCAGUUCUGAGCAAUUUGGAUUGCUCCUCUCAUUAGAUAAGAUAUUGGACGAGCUUGAAGAUGGAAAAGAAACUCCUGAAGAAAUAGCAGCAAAUUUUACAUGUGCUUUGUUUGAAACACCACAAGAUGUUCUUAAAGGUGCUAGGCACAUGGCAGCUGUGGAAAUUGGUUGCGAACCUAAUGUUCGGAAACAUGUACGCAGUAUAUUCAUGGAGAAGGCUGUUGUGUCAACAAGUCCUACUCCUGAGGGAAAUAUGGCAAUUGAUCCUUAUCACCAGCUUGCAAGUGUAAAGUGGCUUUGCAAUAAACCAUUAUGUGAGUUUGUGGAUGCACAGUGGCUUCUCAUUCAGAGAGGUGAAGAAGAGAAACUGCUUCAGGUCACAAUUAAAUUACCAGAAGAGAUCCAAAAGAAAUUGUUAAGUGAUGCUUCCGAGUAUUAUCUGAGUGAACGUGUCAGUAGAUCUGCGCAGCUUUGGAAUGAACAACGAAAGAUGAUAUUGGAAGACUCAUUUCUGACUUUUAUUCUUCCAUCAAUGGAAAAGGAAGCUCGAUCGCUAAUGACAGCUCGAGCCAAGAAUUGGCUUCUUAUGGAAUAUGGAAAACAAUUGUGGACUAAGGUCUCUAUUGCCCCUUUCAAGCGGAAGGAUGCGGAUAUUGAUUCGGAGGAUGAGUCUGAGUCAAGAGUAAUGGCUUGCUGUUGGGGACCUGGAAAGCCUGCAACGACGAUUGUUAUGUUGGAUUCAGCAGGAGAAAUGGUGGAUGUGCUAUAUGCUGGUUCAAUUAGUGUUCGAUCCCAGGCUGUUGCUGAACAACAGAGAAAAAAAAAUGAUCAUCAGCGAGUCUUGAAGUUCAUGACUGGUCACCAACCUCAUGCUGUCUGUGUAGGAGCAGCAAAUAUGGCCUGCAGACAACUAAAGGAUGACAUUUAUGAAGUUAUUUUCAAGAUUGUGGAAGAUCAUCCAAAAGAUGUCAGCCAAGAUUUAGAAUACAUCAGUAUUGUCUUCGGUGAUGAAUCUUUGCCUCGCCUUUAUGAGAAUUCAAGGGUUUCGGCGGAUCAACUCCCUGGUCAACCAGGUAUUGUGAAACGUGCUGUGGCCCUUGGCCGAUAUCUGCAAAACCCUUUAGCUAUGGUUGCUACACUUUGUGGACCAGGGAAAGAGAUACUAUCUUGGAAACUUUGUCCCUUGGAGCAUUUUCUUACUCCAGAUGAAAAGUAUGAGGUUGUUGAGCAGGUUAUGGUUGAUGCAACCAAUCAAGUUGGUGUGGAUAUAAAUCUAGCUGCAAGUCAUGAAUGGCUUUUUGCUCCUUUACAGUUUAUUUCUGGUCUUGGGCCACGGAAAGCAUCUGCUUUGCAAAGAGCAUUUGUUAGGGCUGGAUCCAUUUUUAAUCGGAAAGAGAUACCCAUGGGUAAGAUUCUUAGAAAGAAAGUUUUCAUUAACGCUGUUGGUUUUUUGCGUGUUCGCCGGAGCGGGGCAGCAGCUGCUAGUAGUCAUAUUAUGGAUCUUUUGGACGACACAAGAAUUCAUCCAGAAUCCUAUGAUCUGGCAAAGAAUCUGGCGAAGGAUGUCUAUGCUGAGGAUGUUCCAAAUGAAACAAACGAUAUGGAUGAUGAUGUACAAGAGAUGGCAAUUGAACAUGUUAGGGAAAGGCCUCAUAUGCUUAAAGUGCUUGACAUCAAUGAGUAUGCCAAGAGCAUUUUUAAUCGGUAUGGGACCAACAAAAGGGAGACUUUGUAUGAUAUAAAGAUGGAGCUUCUGCAUGGAUUUCAGGAUUGGCGGACACCUUUUAAAGAACCAGCUGCAGAGGAGGAAUUUGCUAUGCUCUCUGGUGAAACAGAUGAUACCAUUUCGGAAGGGAGAAUUGUUCAGGUUACAGUGCGCCAUGUACAAGAGUCUCGUAUCAUUUGUGCAUUUGAUUCUGGUUUGAAAGGGAUGAUAUUCCCUGAUGAUUUCUCGGAUGAAGGAUAUGAUCAUGAGAAGGUACAUGAGGGUGAUAUUCUUACCUGCAAGAUUAAGCAUGUCAAUAAGAAUAGACUUGUGGUUUACUUGACAUCCAAGGCUAGUGAUUUAAGGAAAAGACCAUACAAUAUUCAUAAUCGUGAUCCUUAUUACCAUGAGGAUGAGGCCAGUUUGCGGAGUGAGUUGGAGAAGGCUCGGAAGGACAAGGAACGUGCAAAGAAACAUUUCAGGCCAAGGAUGAUUGUUCAUCCCCGUUUUCAGAAUUUGACAGCUGAUGAAGCAAUGGAGUACCUCUCUGAUAAGGAACCUGGUGAAAGCAUUAUCCGGCCAAGUUCUAAAGGACCAUCAUUUUUAACAUUUACAUUAAAAGUUUUUGAUGGAGUUUAUGCUCAUAAAGAGAUAGUGGAGGGUGGAAAAGAUCACAAAGAUAUCACAAGCUUGCUUCGUCUUGGAAGGACUCUAACAAUAGACAAAGAUACCUUUGAAGACCUUGAUGAGGUUAUGGAUAGAUAUGUUGAUCCAUUAGUCACUCAACUGAAACACAUGCUUUCUUACCACAAAUUCAGGAAAGGAACAAAGGCGGAACUUGAUGACUUGCUAAGGGCAGAGAAGGCGGCAAAUUUAAUGAGGAUAGUUUACUGUUUUGGGAUUUCUCAUGAACAUCCAGGGACUUUCAUUUUAUCAUAUAUUAGGAGUACAAAUCCACAUCAUGAGUAUAUUGGAUUAUAUCCCAAAGGUUUUAGGUUUCGGAAAAAGGAUUUUGAUGAUGUUGAUCGCUUGGUGGCUUAUUUUCAGAAGAAUAUAGACAAACCACCACCUGAUGCUGGCCCAUCGAUACGAACACUUGCUGCAAUGGUACCAAUGAAAAGCCCUGCAUGGGUUUCCUCUAGCGGGGGAUAUGUUGGUAGUGCUUCAGCAGGCAGUAAUGAUGGCUGGAGAGGUGAUCGAGAAAGACCUUCCACCCCAGGUUCAAGAACAGGUGACAGAUUUGACUCCAGGAGCACCGGCAGUCGAGAUGUUCAUCCGAGUGGUCUUCCUCGUCCAGGUCGAGGUCGUGGACGAGGGCGUGGCAGAGGAAAUAAUUUUGGUUCCGAGGACUGUGAUUCUGAUUAUGGUUCUGCAAAAUGGGGUUCAAAUGAAAAUGAUGGCUUGAGCACAUUUCCAGGUGCCAAGGUUCAGAAUUCCCCUGGAAGAGAUCCUUGGGGAUGGGGCAGUGCGGGCAGUGGUGGUGGCCAGGGUGGGAUCAGCACUGGAGGUGGUAAUGGUGGUGGGGAUUGGGGAAGUGGCUACGCCACUGAUAGGGGUGGUGACAAGUGGGGUGGAGGUGGCAUCAAGGGGGCUUGGAGUGAAGGUGGCAGUGGAGGUAGUAGCUGGGGAACAGGAGGCAAUAUUGGUGGUGGCAAUGGUAGUAGUCCUGCUCCUGGUUGGGGUGGCAAUAGCAGUGGCGGCGGCGGCGGCGGCUGGGGUGGAGGCACUAGCUUUGGUGGCAGACCUGGUGGUGGCUUGAGUGAGGAAUUAGCAAAUCCCAAAAAAUCAGGUGGUGGUUUGGCUGCCGGAUUUGGUGCUUCAAGCACAGGAUGGAGUGAUUCUAGGAGAUCAAUACCGUCUCAACCUGAUACGGGAAAUGGAUGGUCCGGUGGUUGGUAAUCUUGAAUUUUAGUUAUGUCCAACCCUAUUGGAAGCGUAAGUUACUAUGUGCUAAUGUACAAAUUUUGGGUUUUUUUGAUUUUUGGACUCGAGCAAUGGAACAGAGCAACCAUCUUUACCCCUCUUGUCCAUCUUUCUAUCAACAUUGUCAUUAGUUCGGUUGUAUGUUGGCCCAUUUGGGUUACAUGUGUACUGGACUCUUUCAGAUUCAACUGAAAAGUUCUUUUCUAUUUUGGUGUAGUUGAGCGUAAAUAGAACCAUCAUUUUUUACUUUUA